GCUGGCUCUUACGGGAACUGAUAAACAAAUGUGCGGAGGACAUAAUCAGGCUCGAUGAUGAGGAACGAAAGGAAGGGGAAAACUACAAGGAAACUCAAAAAGAACAUGAAUCUGUUGUCAGACAAACGGCGGGACGACUUCCCAAGACAGAGAAACCUUGGGAAAAUGUACGCAUCAAAGCCCCCUUCCAAGAGGAAAUCAGAGAGCGUAUAUGGCGUAGACCGGAGAAAGUCAGACCUCUGAAUGAACUAAAGCUGCGUGGGCUCACUCAUCUCAAAGGGAAGCAGGCAUGAGGUCAUCUUCAUAUGCUGAUGCAACAGUCAACUGGGACUCAACGAGAGCUGAUGGAACAGGAUCUGAAAUCCAAUAUUCUUCCAAUUCAUCAAAUCCUAAAGGUCAAGGCUGAGGAUUAUCAUGGAGUGAAAUUCUACUCAUACAAACUUCAACGCACCGAUGGAAGUGAAUUCACAUGUCAGGAAAACGACUUCAUCAUGCUCAAACCAGAUGACAUCUACCAAAUGUUUAUGGCAUACAGAUACCUCCCAGUCAGAAAAAGUAGAACAUAUAGCGAAGGCCUUGCAGGAAUUAAGAGGUUCAUGCUUAGACAAGUCAGAGUUCACUCAUCUCACGACCUACAGAUGGCUAUUGAGUGCAACAUGACAAAGACAAAUCUAACACAACCAAGACUGUAUGGUCCAGAGCUCGAGGACUUCCUUGCAUACCACAUCUUCUUCACACCACCAGCAGUUCCAUAUCUAAAUCACAAGAAUGAAAAACGCCUGAUGAUGGUUAGCGAAGUUGAGAAAUACUGUGAUGGAACCCUGAAGAUCAUCAAAGAACAGCUGCUGAAGAUGAAGAAACAACUGGAUCAAAAACUUGAGGAGGCAUCGUCAUACAUUCUAAAGGAACAUUCGACGUUGGAAACCAUUCUAAAAGCCAUUGACGAUCGCCUGGACAAGAGAAACAUGCUGAGUCAAUAUGAGCACGCGCUAAACAUGAGGAAACACUAUUUCAAAGCUCAGAAUCAAUAGCAAAGUGACACUUGAUCACAAAGGGGGAGAUUGUUGAAGAUCAUUUAAUUGUGAAUCAAGUGUGUCACAUAUCUUGUAAAAGAUUAGCUUUAUUAUAUCCUUGUAUUCAAUAUUUGUAUUUAUUAGGAUAAAGGAUAUGGGGCCAAUGUUUCAGGCCCAUAUCAGGCUGAAAGCCUUUCCGCCAAAAAGGCGCUUCAGGUUUAGGGUUGCGUUAACUUUCGUACUCGUUCCAAAUAGCCUUAGCGCAAUAUUCUUCUCUGUACGAGUUCACGGUAUAUCAAAGAAGGUUAUCAUCGAUCAUCUUGUGUUCAUCUUUAUCGUUAAUCUUCUACUUGUUAUACUCUUAAUCUUUGCUGUAGUAGAAAACAGGGACUAACAUGAAGGUCUUUCGAUGGCCGGUCGUCAGUAGUGGGCCAUUCAAGCCAUCAUUAUGACCUGUGCGGGAGCUAUCUUUCUAUUUUGAUGCAGCUUCUCUUGCGAGGCUGCUCGAUCGCGAACAGGAGUAGGAGCUUUUACCAUCCCUGUUCGUUGGCAUUUUCACCUUUCUGCCAAGAAAAAAUUCAGAGGCAGCCACCGGUCAGGAGGUUCUCCAUAUUCACUUUUGAGUUGGGAGCUUCCGUUUGGCUUCUGAAGCCUUUGAUCAACGACGGUUGGUUUCGGGUCUGAAGGUCAGAUUACCCUAACGGUCGAGCGGCGUAAUGUAACUGCAUAGCUACGAGAUAAGGUCUAACUCGUGCAGCAGUUUUCUCCUGACGGCCCCUGCUGAUCUGGUUCGCAGAUGCCGUUCGGGGAGGAAAUGCUGGGCAGGACCAGGAUGCUCCCACCCCUCUCUGGUUCGGGAGGGUAUGCAAUAAGGAUCUCCUGGAGCGUCCCUGUGGAUUCCCCUGUUCGUCCAGUUCUACCGAUAGCUUGGUGGCACAGCGAUUAGCAGUUAUGUUGGGAUGUGGGGUUUAGGAUGUACUGUUCCUUCUUGAGGUCCUUACACCAGGUUCGUCCCUGCAAGUUCCCUUAGGAAAGACUCGAUUGCUUCCGUAAUCACUCGGGUUCGCUAUGGCCUGAUGCUGACCAGCCUACCAUCAAGACUGCUCUCAUGGAUACUGCGCUCAGGUUCUGCCAGCGCAUUUAGAGGACGUUCAGGAAGUACUGCCGUCCGGGUUUUGGUCGUCGGAAUGUGGGGUCCCCGGGUCAUGUCGCCCUCCUGUCAUUCGCAGACUGCCCCAUGUGACAGCUUUGCAUCCACCUUGAUAGUGGUAACGUGAGCCUUAUCCGCCAUCCUCCAAGGUAGUGGGCUAGCGGGUCCCACCAACGGUAGUGAUGGUGGUGUUCCAUGAGAAAUCCCAUAGCCAUCUUCUUUCAAUUUUCCCCUGAUAGUAGAACAAUUUGCACCAUUCGUUUGAUCUUCUGCACCAAUCUAGCCUUUACCUAAGGACAUAGAAAUGGGUUUUUGCAUCUGACAUAUCUGAUUUCCUCUUGAUGGUUAGCACCGCCACCACCUUCUAUCCCCUCUUAUCCUGUAGAUCUAUUUGCAAAGAAGGCAGUGACUUCCAUUCUUCUUGUUUUCUUCCCCGAGAACAUCUUUUUCUCUAUUUUUUCUUGCUGAAAUCAGUAACUUUUGGUAUCAAAAAAUUUGUAGAAUCAAGAACACGUUUUGUGCUUUUUGAUCUGUUUCCCACAAACGGCGCCAAUGUUGAGUUUAAGUCCAACAUAAACUAAUAAAUAUAUAUAUAAUUUGGUAUAACACUCGAUUUUUACGUGGAAACCCGGAAAGAGAGAAAACCACGGGACUUUCUAGGCUAACGUCCAAGUCCACUAUUUCUCAUUAACUCUCCUCACCAAAAUACAUACACAUAUUGAAGCUCCAUUCAUGGAGUAUUGUAAGCUCUAAGGAAAAGAAGAAGCAGUAGCCAGGGAGGAGAGAGC